CUUAUAGACAGGUGACGAUAUCAGACCAGCUGACUGAGACUAAUCUGGCUAUAGCAAUCCGAAUUUUCUCAUAAGUUAACGCUUUCUUUCUCAUUAUUCUUGGUUGCUUGGGCAUAAAUAAUUCUGUGGCACAUUGAGAUGAGGUGUCAACGUGGAUAUUAGUCCUUGGUUUCGAAUUUUUUUUAUUCACUGAGAAAUGCGUACAAUGACGUCUGAACACAUUGGAGUUGUUGAUGCUCUCCCGUACUUCGACAAAGGAUACGAUGAUCCUGGGAUUAGAGAAGCUGCAGCUCUUCUCGUCGAAGAGGAGAUGAAACGAUAUAGACCAACGAAAAAUUAUCUGGAACAUCUCCCUUCUUUAUCUGGUCCUAUUCAAAUGAAGUUUGAGACUGAGGUGAUGAAAGCUGAAUUUGACAGGCUCUCAAAUCGUUUGCCUAUGGAAAUGCUAAGUAUGAAACGUUACGAGCUACCCCCACCCCCGGCUGGAAAAAUGACUGAUGUGAAAGCAUGGCAAGACGCAAUGGAAAACGCUGAAGCACAGUUAGAACACCAAGCAACAAGAAUUGAGAAUUUAGAACUAAUGGCAGAUUAUGGAUGUAAUGCUUGGAAGCAGUACAAUAAUGUUUUGGAAAGCUCUCUGCAAAUUUACGAGAAGGAGCUCUUAGAAAUAAGGCGAAAAAUCCAGGAAAUAAACUGGCGCCGUAAACAAGAGCAAACAGCUGCUGGAAGACAUCUCAAGGAAUUAGAAGAAUCGUGGGUCGGUUUGGUUGGCAAAAACUAUGAAAUCGAGCAAGCCAUAUCAGAACUAGAGCAGGAACUAGGUGUAUUUUCAGAACCAAUGGAUAGUGAAGAUCAGUGAAGUUGUAUAUAUGUGCAUAUUAAUAUACUUUGUUUUCUAAAUGUAAAAAGUAGUCAUUCUGGCAUUUCACUUAAUCGUAAUCACAAUCUAGUUAUCCUCUUACUGAUGAGACGACCGAAUUAAAAAAACACACGAUAGGAUCACACAAAGUGAUCAAAAUGAUGCUUCGCUCAUAGAAUCAAUCUUUAAAUCACAAACGCGUAUAUUUUAGAAUACAGUAGCACUAGCCAAGUAAUUGAACUAAUGUAAGGGGAUUCAAAUUGUUCCUUUUUCAUGAAAUACCUAACCAAAGUAGUGUGCUUUCCAUUUAACAAACGGUCAAUCGAUGAUGGAG